UAGGCUGAAAAGGGUGCUGAAUCAGGUGAUAGGAGAGCAACAGAGUGCAUUUAUACCGGGAAGGUUCAUUACAGACAACAUCUUAGUGGCUUUCGAAUGUUUUCACACUAUGAAGCAGAAAACUCGAGCUAAGAAAGGUUUUAUGGCAGCCAAACUGGACAUAUCAAAAGCAUAUGACAGAGUGGAGUGGGAAUUUUUAGAGACUAUGAUGUUAAAACUUGGUUUUGCAUAAAGAUGGGUGAAAAUGAUCAUGAAGUGCAUAACCACAGUUACUUACUCUAUACUGGUUAAUGGCCAUAGAUCUGAGGAAUUCAGGCCAGAGAGGGGUUUGAGGCAGGGUGACCCCCUUUCACCCUACCUCUUCUUAUUCUGUGUUGAAGGCUUGGCUACCCUACUGAAUAAUGCAGUGGCCACAGGGAAGCUCCAUGGCUUAAAAACCUCAGCCAGAGGACCAGCUAUCUCGCACCUUCUGUUUGCGGAUGAUAGCAUCCUGUUUACAAGGGCUACUCCCCAAGAAAGCAGUCAUUUAAAGGAUAUCCUUAAGAUCUAUGAGGAGGAGUCAGGACAGGUGGUUAACUUGCAAAAAUCUGAACUCAGUUUCAGUCCAAGUGUGGAUCAGAUCAAACGAGACGAAUUAUCUAAUAUUCUUGGUAUGAGACAAGUGGAAUUUCAUCAAAAAUACUUAGGGAUACCUACGAUAAUGGGCAGGGGGAAAAGGCAGCGUUUCAGGUACUGGUGGACCGCAUAAGAAAGAAAAUAAAGCAUUGGAAAGGACAAACCCUUUCCAUAGCAGCUAAAGAAGUACUGAUAAAAUCAGUGGCACAAGCUCAGGUCACCUACUCAAUGUCUGUGUUUCUUAUACCUGAUGGUGUGUUGAGUGAGAUGAGGAAGGCCAUAGCAAAUUUUUGAUGGGGACAGCAGAAGGAAGAGAGGAGAAUCCCCUGGAAAGCAUGGCACAAAUUGUGUAAACCAAAUAAGGAGGGAGGAAUGGGGUUUAGGGGGCUGAAGACUUUCAACAUAGCUCUGUUAGGGAAGCAAAUCUGGAAUCUCAUUGACAAUCCAGAAUCCCUAGUAGCUAGAAUGCUGAAAGCAAAGUACUACCCAAAUUCCACCAUUCUUCAGGCAAGAUUAGGGUCUAAUCCUAGCUAUACUUGGAGAAGCAUCAUGGCUGCUCAACAGAUUGUGAAGGAUGGACUUCGAUGGAGAGUGGGUAAUGGCUCGACUAUCAGUAUAUGGUCAGAUAAAUGGGUAGCGGGUGCAGAGGACACUGAGUUUCGAGUGACAACACCUAAGCCUACUGCUGGGGGUUUAACUAGGGUCAUUGAUCUAAUUGACCAUGGGCAAGGCAGCUGGAGAAGGAACAUGUUGCAGACUCACUUCAAUGAAACAGACAGAGUUAACAUACUUGCCAUUCCUAUACCAAGGCAACCAGCUGAGGACACCCUAGUUUGGCGUGCAGAAAGAAGGGGUUGUUACACAGUCAAAUCAGCUUACAAAAACAAAUGCAGAGAAAGCUGACGAGACAGGAGAUAGAUGGUGAUAUGGAAGCAGUGCAGGGUAAUGGUGCAGAGGAAAGUGUGGAAAUCUAUGAUCCCAUGGACUGUGAAAGACUCUGGAAACUAAUGAUUCCGCCAAAAGUUAAGAUCUUCCUAUGGAGAUUAGCUCAUGAGAUCCUCCCUACAGGGAAAAACAUUGAGCUAAGAAAGAAAGAGGCAGCAACAGAGUGCCCUUUCUGUUUCCUAGAUGAAACCCAGAAUCAUAUUUUCAGGGAGUGUCAGUGGGCAAUUAGAAUCUGGAGAGACUCCAUGUUCAAAUCUCUUUUCGAAGUUGAACCCAAUCUAUCAGCGGGGAGUUGGCUCUGUGCGGUUAUGGAUCUAACUGAGAAUGAAAUCCUAGAAAAGCUAGGCAUACUACUAUGGUUGAUGUGGAACGAGAGGAACAAUCACAUGUUCAACAAGAAAAAAGCUGAAGAAUGGGAGAUCGUGGGGCGUGCCCUAGCAUAUUGGGAGGAAUUCCAAUUACAUCACACGAAGGAGAAGGAAGAGAGGGAAGGAAGAAAUGAUACAUGGGAGAAACCGCAGGAAGGCUGGGUGAAGCUGAAUGUGGACGCGGCGGUACUAGCGGAGGAAGGAACUGGGUUGGGAGUGGUGGCAAGAGACGCGAAUGGGCAGUUCCUCCUGGCAGCAGUGCGUCGAGAUAAGAUCAAAUGGCCGCCGGAAUUAGCUGAGCUGCGAGCAAUUGCGUUUGGAGUGGAGACGGCGGAGGAGAACAAUUUUCAGAUGGUGGAGGUGGAAAGCGAUUGCCUCAACGCCAUUCACCAGAUGCAGGCGGAGGAAAUGAUAAGGUUGGAAGGAGGAGUGUUGGCCCGAGAGAUCAAGACAAAAGCGGCGAGGCUUGGGUCGUUUUGCUGGAGAUUUACAAAACGGACCGGAAAUGAACCGGCCCAUGCCAUGGCCCAUUUAAAUUGUAACUGGGAUACUACAGAACUCUGGGUCCAUAGACCCCCUUUGUCUAUCCUUUCCUUUCUUGAGAAGGAUGUUUAAGAGAUGAAUAAAAUUCAGAUUUCUAA